CUAAGCGCAACAAAUUAAACAACACAACAUGAGCGGAGAGUUUUCCGAUGUUUCUAGAUGCUCUGCCUUGCUGGUUGAUGAAGACAGGUUUGUAAGAAAGAGAGCUUUAAAAUCUAUAGAAACCUACUUAAAUACCAAAGGAUGUCAAGAAGAAACUGUAUUGAGUUUGAUAGGAGGAAACUUAGCAAACUCAUUAAACGAUCCUGUUGAAGUUAAUCGCGAAUUAUCAAUAAAAGUAUUAGAACUGUUUGUGAACGUAGUCAAGGAUGCUUCGAUUCUUCUCCCUUCGUUGGUUCCUGUGCUUUUAGUGCGUUUGGGACAGAAGGAUAUAACAGAACACUCAGAGGAAAUUCGUUAUGCAACUCUCAACCUUCUGUACACCCUGGUGACUAAGGUGCAUGAAACAUCACCAUUCCUCGAUGAUUACAUUACAAUACUUCAAAGGACUUUCUUGGACCCGUAUCACGAGAUCAAGAAACUGUCUUGUAAGAUAGCAGUCGUUUUAUCAGAACGUAAAUGCCAUCGUUUUUAUCAGAUAUCAGAAUCCAUUAUAUCACCGAUGUUGUCCAAUCUUACACACCAGCACUCGAAAGUUAGGUUAGAGACUGUGUUGGCACUGGAAAAAGUUCUGCUGGUUAGUCAAGGAAAGCUUGUAGACAAUGUCAUUUCCCCAUUGACUCAAAGACUAUUUGACUCAUCUCUGGCAGUAAGACAGGCUGUCAUUCAAUUGAUAGGUUCGUGGUUGUUAGAUCUACCUGAUAGAUAUUCCUAUCAAACAAGAUUACUACCUCUACUCUUAUCUGGCUUAAUCGAUGAAUCAGAUGAUAUUCGCUCAGUCACUGUUGAUUUAUGGCAUCGUAUAGGACUAAAGUUUGAGAAGGAAAAUGAAGAACAAUUGAAAGAUAAAUUGGACUUUGAUAAAGGUGCUCCUUUCAGUUAUCCAUAUGGAUGUAAACGACCAAUAUUGGGUUGUCGUGAACUUAUCUAUCGAUCAGCGUCUAGACUAUUCCCCGGUCUGUGUAAAGAUCUCUCCGACUGGCAAGAAGCAACACGUUUAAAGGCAGCCAGUCUGAUGCCUAUUUUAAUAUUACAUCUUGAAGAAUCAGCUACUCAGCAUACCCAACAUCUUAUAACUGGUAUAGGCAAUGGUUUUGCUGAUGCAAUUAGUCGAAUACCAGCUACUUCUGGAAGUGUAGCCUUAAUAAAUACAACGCCAUUUGUUUCAUUUCGAAGCGCAUUGAAUGCAACAGACUGUUCUAUCAUUACUGAUAACUUAGAUAUAGUUGCUUUCAUCGCCCAACAUGCAAAUUCUCAGGUAUUCGGUUCAGCUGAAGUAAAUGAAGCAGUUAAAAUUAUUAAUCAGUUAUUUAUUUCUACACAAAUAUUGGGUUGUAUGAUUUCAACUAAAUUUUGGUGGCAUUUACUCGAGCCAUGUCUUCAUCGUUGUACAGAAUCAGUUGCACCAUCAUCACUAGCUGGACAUUUAUUCCUAUUAUCUGGAUUAUUAUAUGGCAGUCCUUUAAAUCAGUUAGUGGAUAAAGCAUUGAAUUCAUCACCGUCGGAUACUACUGAUGCCUCCGUCGCUGCCUCUGCCCCUGCCACCGGCGCCGCUACCGCUGCUGUUGCUGCUGCUUCUAACACUGAUGAUGAUCAUGAUGGGGAUAAUGUUGAUUGUAAAGUUAAUGGUGACACUCCACGUGAUGAUAGUCACACAAACAAUGAUCACGAGAAUACAAUUAUCAAUUGUAUACAACAACAGGGUCCUUUACAUCAGAUUAUAGCAUAUCUUAGUCAAAAUGAAUUGAUCUCUGUUAUGUCUAUCCCUGCUAAGGCAAGUUUAUUACAAUGUGUUCAAGUUUGUAUAAAACGUCUUGAAGAAGCUAUUGCUUUGUUGAGACAACAACAACACCACCAUCAACAACAACGGAAUAAUCAAGAACACCAAGAGUACACAUUGGAGACGACUAAACAGUCAAAUGCUGAUAAUGAAACCAUGAAGGAUAUCAUUCAAGCUUCCCAUGAUGCAGCAUGGUUAUUAGUUCAGAAUACACAGAUUCGUUCAUGGUUAUUUGAAAUCAUUCUUGGCUUAAGUUCAAUUUGGCCAGAAAAUGAUUCUCUGAUUACAUCAGAUUUUGGUCGGGCAAUAAUUAAUUCAUGUGAUAAAUUAAUACAACAAUUGGCAGCUUGUCAUCGAGACUGUAUCAAUUUAAGCAGACAGAAUACCCUAACAUCAUCAUCUGGAGAUGAUUAUGAGAUGAUAAAUACAUUGUUAACUAGUCCUGCUACUCAUGAGGAUGUAGAUCGUUUGUUCUACAAUUGUAUGCCUACGUUGAUAGAUCGAUUAAACGAAGACUUGAAGAAAUCUAUGUCAUGGCAUCCACGUUCAACUGGUUUAGCAAUACUUUCACGUUGUUUACAGUUAGCUGGUCCUGCACUUUUAAUUAAAUCAACUCCUGUUCAACAGAAUAGAACAGAAAACACUGGUGAAGAAUGUUUAACUCAUGUAUUAGAUCUGCUACAACGUGGUUGUCGAUUGGAUUGUGCACCUGGUGGUGAUAAAUCACCAGGUGGUACAGAUCCAUUAACACUGGCUGCUGAAGCUGAAAUCCGUCUACGUGGUUUAAUUGUACUUACAAAAUUGACAGAGAAUAGUUCUGUUCGAACUGCAUUAGCCUCACCAAAAUAUUUAAAUUAUUGUCUAUCAAAAUUAAUCCUACCUGUAUGCAUUUGGAGAGCUGGUCGUACAUCGGAGGCAAUGCGUAAAGCAGCUGUAACAAGUUUGUUAGCUAUAUUAGCCAGCGCAGUCUCAAUCAAUGAUUUAAGCGAAAUUGUUAUCAAUACAAGAACUAGCAAUGAAGUAGAAAUAGAUAAAUGGCUUUGUGAGAAUACAAGUGAAUCUUUUAAUGAUGUAAUCAAAGAAGUAACAAAUAACGGUGAUAUAUCAAAGAAUAACUGUGAUGAUGAUGAUGAUAAUAAUCUCGACAAGCCACAGCAGCAGCAGCAGCAUAAACACAGGAGUAAUCUGCCGAAUUUAUCCAGUUCACUACUCUCCUUAUUGUUGGCACGUUUAGGCUCCUUAUUAGAUGAUGAUUUAGAAGGGACGCGAAGUAUGGCAUGUCUUUGCUUAACUAUAUUUUUCAAUGGUCUUUUAAUACCACCGCCACUACCGGCAUCGGAAAUAGAAUUAUGUCAGUCAAGGGAUAAUAACUGUCAUAGUCGUAUGUGCAGCAUUCCAAACUUUUUAAACUCUUCUACUUGGAUUCAACCUGUCAAUAAGAAUACUGAUUAUAAUGAUAAUGAUAAUGCACGCAAGGAUCAUUUAAUACCGUAUUGUCCUUUACCUGAUUCAUUUGGUGAUCAAGUUUAUCGUUUCUAUCAAAAUUUUAUUAAACGUUUAAAUGAUCCAAAAGAUAAGAUUCGUUUACUUAUAUGUGAAACAAUCAAUGCAUGGAUACGUUUAAUUAUGCCAAUGUUAACCUCAACCACCACCCCAACAACAACAGGAACAAAUCAUGCGGAUACCUCUGUACAACAACAUCUCCAGUUGAAUCCAGUGUAUACUGCUGUCAUUGAAGAUUUCUUAACUAAUGUUAUUAUUCACUUGGAUGAUCCUAAUUCACAAAUUCGUGCUGCUGUCUCACGUGUUAUCCUUCGAGUGAAUCAAUUCGCCUCAGAAUUAGUUAAUAAAGCAUUAAUCAAAGCCAGAUCUUGUCAUCGUUCAUCUUUAUUAUGUGAUCAACUUUUACAAUUUUGUCGUACGCACACAUAGACACACUCACAUGAUGUUUAAGUUGAUGUAUGAAAACAAAUAAAUAAAUAAAUGAAUUGAAUGUGAUGUACAAUCGAUAGUUUAAUACUGUUGACCAAUGAAAUUUCCCUCUGUCUGUCUCUCUCGAUGUGAUGUGUUUUAAUUGUCCAAUUGCUUUGUUUAAUUUUUUCGGCGGUAUUUUUAAAUUCAGUUCAGUCAGAAAAAAGUUGUGAACUGUGCCUUAUAACUUACGAUAAUAUGCAUAUAUUGCUACUGAUAGGUUUCUUCCUUUAAAACAAUUGUAAUGACAACUACGCUGUAUAUGUUUGCU